ACGACACUCUCGUAACACCGGACCACCAAUCGAGUCUUCUAAGACGACUUGCCGGACCUGAUUGACGACCAAUUCGGAGUCACUUUCGACUAUCACGUGAGUCAAAGAUCUUGAGGCGACUAUGGAGAUAGCGUCUCUAAAGGCUAGAAGCUCUAUCAGGUAAGGAUUGACUAUUCCUUUAUGUUGUAGCCCAAAUGCCAACAUCGCAUGCCCGUUUGACCCACAGACAACAAGCCUAGACGAACACCCGGUGGCACAAACAGUCGGGUCGAAAUUGAUCUUCAAAUAGUCUUCUGGGGUGGGACCCACGAGGUGGUAGGAUGGUUUGAGAGGAGAGAGCUGCGGAGUGGAAUAGGGAGGAGAAGGUUGGAGAUUUCAAGGACCUGGUUGUAGAAUUGUCUGGCUAGGGAACGGACAUGGGGUUGGUAGAGUUCAAAAGUCACUUUAUUUCUAAACUUCAAGAUUCUCCAAAGUAAGCAUAUGCAUUGGAGUAUGUGGAAUGGGGAGGUCUCAGAGACCAUGACAUGUCGCCACCAUAGACUAAAAUUAACAGUCGGGGCGGUCUCAAUAAAGUUGCUCAAUCCCACUAAAGUAUACAAUCUGGUAGCUAGGGGCAUCUGAAGAAUAAAUGUUCAAUGCUUUCUCGAUGUCUCCAGCAGACAGGGCAUCAGUUGAGGCAGUUUACUCCACGGUUUGAAGGGUCGCCACUAUGGGGAGAAUGACUUUGAGGCAUUGCCAUAUGAGAAUUUUGAGCUUAGGUGGGACUUGGAUAUUCCAAGUCUUUUUCCAAAUAGGAGGGUCGAUGAUAUGUACUAUCGGUUUCCGGCUAGAAGCCAAUGCUAAUUCCAAAGCUAGGUGAUAACCCGAUUUGACAGUAUAUUUUCCAUCUUUAAAAUAGUGUCACACUCUAAUAUAUUUUUUAAGGCAACGAGGUAGAGGGAUCCUCCUGAUGAGAUCAACAAAGCGAGGUUCGUAGCAAAACUGGAGCUUUGGAAUGUCCCACUCCCCUUGGCCUUCUCUAAUGAGUGAACUGAAAAGUGAAAACAAAACCAUAAAAAUAUAUGACAUUCACUAUUUGUUAUACUUACUUAAUAUAUUCCUGCACAAAAUAGCUAAGACGUCUGUUUAUGGAUACAGCUCUCCACAAUUUAAGGGUACUACUGCUACUAACUACAUAUGGCUUUGCCGCCAUUGAAGGUAGAUGCCUAUCUACGUCACCAUCUUUGUUCUAAUAGGUGGCCUUCAUCACUGCCGUGUGUAACUGCAAUCAUCGUCAUCAACCUUACUUUAUUUAUUCAUUCAUUCAAUUCCUCGUUAAUUUUUUUACUAAUCCAUGAUUAACACUGAAUCUAGGAGAGAAUGAAGCAACAAAAAGGUGGAGAAGGAAACGGAGGUGUGGAUUUGUGGUGGGCCGCCGCGGCCGUGACGGUGGUCCAUGACGGAACGGCCCCGCCUCCCUCCGUUCCUUCUUUCUCUCCACGCCCCAUGAAAUGAAAGAGCCAACGCCGUUUUUUCGAGUUUCGGGACAGUCCCACGUGGCGGUCAUGUCAGCGGGCCCCACUCCCCUCCUCUCCUCUCCUCUGGCCUCUGGUUAUGGAUACCCACCACCUCCACCACUUCUCUCUGCUCUCUCCGUUCCUUCGCCGGCCAUAUAUAGACCUCCCAAUCUUCCCUCCAGAUUUUACCUCCGCUUCCUCCUCUUCACAACCCACUCAAUAACAAUCGGAAUUCAAUAAAAUAAAAAGAACCCAUGGAUCGAGCCUCUUUCCUAGCUGCUCCACCGCCCGAUUUCCACUACGCCGACUCCGCCGCGCUGCUGGACCCGGCGGCGGCGAAAUGGCAUCAUCAUCCCUACCACUAUCACGAUGUGGAACAACAACAACAACGAUUACAGUACAAUUUCCAUCAGCAGCAGCAAGAAGUGGGCUCCUUAGGCGACGAUUAUAUGGGCUGCGUUUUGAACGGGUUUCACGGCGACGGUGUUGACGGCGGGUUAGGGGAAGUGGUGGAGAUGAGCCGGACCCCUUCUUCCUCCAUCCAAUUGAAACCCGACCCGGGUUUCUUCGCCAACGGCUGGCCUGAUUUUGCCCCGGUUGGGAAUCAUGUGUAUGGGAUUUCUAGGACAUCUAGCUGCCCGCCUACGGCGGCCGAGUCGUCGUCGCCGCCGGCUGCGGCGAGCGUAGUAGACGGCUCGAAGAAACGAAAAUUGGACAAGCCCCAACAACGUAACCCUAAGGUGGUUGCGGUGGACGAGAACGGGGAAUCGAAGACGAAGAAGGUGAAAGCCGGGUGUGGAGAUGGAGGUGAUAAAAAGAGCAGCGUGAGCAGCAGCAGUAGCAGCAGCAAGAACAAGAACAAGAACAAGAACGUCAAGAAGGAGAAUUCCGGUGCGGAUAGCAGCUCAAAGGAAAACAACAGUUCCAAAGUUACUCAUGAAGUCCAGAAGACGGAUUACAUUCAUGUUCGCGCCCGCCGCGGGCAGGCCACUGAUAGCCACAGCUUAGCUGAAAGAGUAAGGAGGGAAAAGAUCAGCGAGAGGAUGAAGUAUCUACAGGAUUUGGUGCCUGGAUGCAACAAAAUCACAGGCAAGGCUGGGAUGCUUGACGAGAUUAUCAACUAUGUCCAAUCCCUUCAGCGCCAAGUUGAGUUCUUGUCCAUGAAACUAGCUGCUGUGAAUCCUGGCAUGGAUUUCAACAUCGACAGCUUGUUCCCCAAAGAGGUUGCAGCUGGUGGUGGGAACAAUUUCCCGGCAAGCUCGGAUAUGGCAGCGGCCUACCUUCACUUGAACUCACUGCAACAACAGUUAUUGGGUUGCUCUGGUCUGGAGAUGGGGAUGAUGAUGAACCCUUCUUCUGCAGCAGCUGAUAUGGGGCUCAGAAGAACAAUCAGUGCACCAAUCACAACCCCAGAAACCGAAACAUUCAUCGAUUCCUCUUGUUUCCCACAGCAAGCAUCAAUUUGGGAUGCUGAUCUUCCAAGCCUUUACCAAGUAGCAUUUGAUCAAGCAAGGGCUGCAUCCUUCCCAUCUCAGCAAUUUGCAGGUUCAGCUGGUUCAUCAAAUCUGAAGAUGGAGAUGGAGAUGUGAUGAAGAAGUUGAGAAGAGAUAGAGCUUUAUUAUGUUCAUGCCUGCAAAUUAAAAUCUCUGAUGAUUCUUUUGCUUGCUUGUGGUACAUACCCCAUAUGUAUAUUUUUUUUGUAUGCAUACCAUCAUGUAUUAUUGCUAUCAAUAAAAGAUUAGCAUCAAUUUGAAGCCCUUUUACUGAAGUUACUUACAAAGUUAAGUGCUUUCUUGUUACUUAAAUCCAAAUUACAGAGCAAUCAAUGGUGGAAUCUAACAUCAAUGAGAUAGAAUAGAAGAGAAUAUGUUGGUGGUUGAUGGUGAUGGAGGGUGGGCGGGGACCGGAUGAAUUGAAAUGCACCUACAAUGGGUUUCGUGCAUUGACAGCAACAGAGCAGAAGAGAAGUAUAUCUAACCUAUCCUCCUGGCAAGCUCCAAAGGACAGGAAAAAAAGUGCAAAAGGGAAAAUGAGCCAGAAAGAAUAAUGAGUGGGAUGGAGAACAGAACGAAAGAAGGUACCAAAAGAGAGCAGAGUUGGGUAAAUGUGACGGAGUGAUGGAGAAGUGUUGUUAGUGGUCACAGUGAUGGUGAAAUCUGUGUCCAAACUUAAUCAUCACUGCUAAUACUAAUCCGCUUGAUGACUGCUAAUGUAGCUGUGGCAUUGCCACUCAGAUGACUGCUACUGAUUUGAUUUUGAAGGUGUUGUGUGGUGGCCGAGGGAUCGAUUAAGAAGAGCUCGCGCAUGAUGAUGAUGGUCGCAGUCAAUCAACAUUGGGCUGGCUGGGCGCAAGUUGGUGCUGUUCAUUCUUGUGCAGUUGCUUUUAUGGUGCGAUUGGAUAACCUGAUGGAUAAUCCUUCCAUGUAGAGUAGAGUGACCACAGAAACGGGGCCUCUGUAGUGUACACAACAGAGCCCUGACCAGACCAGCGCCGGGCCAGGACCAUUUUGCAUUCAUUCUCACACCCGCCUGCCUCUCCUUGUCAACCUCGGUUUUCCAUAUCUUCUUCUUCUUCUUUCCUACUUUGAUUAUUAGAAAGAAAUGGAGGAAUCUUGUGUCUGUGGAAACAGAAUUAACUGCAGCUGGGUGGGUGUUUAAUGAUGAGUGAAUUCAUGCAGAAACAGGACUACUGUUGCAGGAGGGAUGGGGGAGAUGGAAUAAAGAGGCUAAAAAAUUCCCCCACUUGGAGUCAAACUUGUUCGUGCAGAUCAGAGCAGAGAACAGCAGCUAUUCUCACUGUCUGUCUCUCUUUGACCAUUGUUUUACCUGUUGCUUUUCUUUUCCAGAUUGAUUCUUGCCCAACUUGUUUCAUAGAAUUAAAAUGUCAUUGCUUAAUUUGUGGGUGAGAAAUGGCAAUGGACAGGGCAGGUCGAACCACAUCCAAGUCAAAGCAGGUCAAACAGAUCGGGUAAAACGAAUCAGAUCGAAAUUGUCAUAUCGACUCCAUACAACUAAAUUUAUCCAUCACUCAACCUCCAAAAGUUAAGCAACUUGGUGAACUUGAGUUCAGAAUCCAACCAAAACUACUUGUUUCUCACCUCCUACUAAUGUGUAGGCCAUGGCAAAAUGUUAAAUCGGGUAUGGUUUGAGAUACGUAUACAAAAAAGUCAUGACUCAUGAUGAUUCGGAUUCCUCAUACUUGUCAUACAACAUGAUACGAUUAGAUUAUCUAGAAGUGUCAAGUUUGGCGUUACUCGACACUUUUUUGUAUGCAAUCGCCACGGAAUGUGUUGCUACAAUAAAAUGAAAAUACGAGUACGACAUUACUGUUUUAAAACUUAUCGAAAUUAACUAUAUUGAACUAUCAUCUUGCACAUAUGUGAAAUGGAUAAGAAAGGGAAGAUAUUGAACUAAUAUGAGACAACUGGUGGUUGCCUGCUGUUCUUUUGAUAACUAUGGCAAAAUGAAUGAGUUUACAAGGU